AUGAGGUCCAACACUUUCUUCGUUGCCAUCCUCCCUGCCCUUGUCCAGGCUAUCGCUCUCCAAGAGCGUGCUGAGGGCGAGAACGUACAAAAGUUUACUGGCACCCUGGGCGGCGCACCUCCUCCAGUCAUCAAGGGCACCGGCGACCGCCCCUUCUCGGUCGACGGCGACACUUUCGUCAACGCAGGUGCCGCCAUCCAACGGUCUUGCGACAGGCAAAAGAACGCUUGCGCCCGGCAGGUCAACAGCAAGCAGAUUGAAGGCAGCGUUGCCUUGUGCGACAAGCAGCAGAAGGACUGCGAAGCUGCGAACAAAGGGAACGGGGCUGGGGGCGCUGGAGGCGCUGGGGGCGCUGGUGGGGCCCAGGGCAAUAACAAGGCUGCUGAUGCUGGUGCUGCUGACAACAAGGGCGCUGGCGCGAAAGCCGGUGACGACAAGAAAGCCGGCGCCGGAGCUGCUGACAACAAGGGCGCCGGUGCUGCUGACAACAAGGGCGCUGGUGCGAAAGCCGGUGAUGACAAGAAAGCCGGUGACGACAAGAAAGCCGGCGCCGGUGCUGCUGACAACAAGGGCGCUGGUGCGAAAGCCGGUGAUGACAAGAAAGCCGGUGACGACAAGAAAGCCGGUGACGACAAGAAAGCCGGUGCUGAUGCCAAGGGGGGUGCCGCCGGUGAGAAGCUGGUAGCCGCAAACGACAAGGCUGCUGCUGAUGCAACUGGAGGUGCAGCAGGCGCUGGUGCUGGAGCAGGUGCAGCAGGUGCUGGUGCUGGAGCUGGUGCUGGAGCUGGUGCAGGUGCAGGUGCAGGUGCAGGUGCAGCUGACCCAGCCAAGGACGCCAAGAAGAAGGACGACAAGAAGAAGGCCAAAAUGGAGAAGCAGGCCGCCAAAAAGGCAGCUAAAGAGGCAAAGAUGAAGGAGAAGAAGGAAAAGAAGGCAGCCGAGAAGAAGAAGAAGGAAGAAGAGAAGGCUGCCAAGGAUAAGGCUAAGGCUGGUGCAGCAGCUGCGGGUGGAGCAGCUGCGGGUGGUGCCGCUGCCGAUGCGAACAAGUCUGCUGAUGCCAAAGCCGGUGCUGCUGGUGGUGAUGCCAAGGGAUCCGGUGCUGCCGAUGUCGGCAAGGUCACUAGGCGCUCGGGUGCCGGUAAAAGCCGUGGCAGGCUUGCUACCAGGGCCCGUAUUGCCCGUGCUGUUGCCGCGAACUAA